UGGGGGUCACGUGCUGUUGCUGCUGACGUGGGGGGACGGAUGACGUGUGCUGAGGGCGCCGGGCUGGUUGUUUGGCUCCUUUCCUCCUCAGUUCUGAUUUAAGAGUUGGUGCAGCUGGACUUUCUUUCUCCAUGGACGCCCCAAACCAAGAUAUCAACCUUAACUCUCCUAACAAAGGUCUGCCUGGAAACAUGACGGACGUGCCUGUGGAUACCCCUGCAAGUGGGGAUGGAGUUGGUGUGCUAUCUGAAGCUGAAACAGAGGAGCUCAAGAUUGAACUUACCAAGGUUGAAGAUGAAAUAGCAACACUUCGGCAGGUGCUGGUUGCCAAAGAAAGACAUGCUUCUGAGAUCAAGAGAAAGUUGGGAUUAACUCCUUUCAAUGAGCUCAAGCAAAACCUUAGCAAGAGCUGGCAAGAUGUGCAAGCAUCCAAUGCCUAUAAAGGCGCAUCUGAAAAAGUUGAAGAUUUGAAUAAGACAAUCACUCAGUCUGAAGUGUACAAGAAGACACAAGCAACACUUUCUACUGCUGGAUCUAAGACCUCCAGUGCCAUAUCUAGUGUUGGCUCAGCUCUUAGUAGGACGCUGGGAGAAAUUAAAGAAUCUCCUACCUUUAAGUCAUUUGAAGAAAGUGUUGGAAAUCUAAAGGCUAAGGUUAUCGGAAAUGAAAAUAACAGCAAAGGUGGCUAUCAUACUCCUACUGCUUCAAGUCCAAGUGCAGAGGAAAAACUUCCACAGGACAAUGCACCUUUCUGAACAAGAGCUGUUCUCUUCAUACCUGACUCACUGAAUCCCAAAUCUACACAAAUUGAAUUUAGUGCUGUUGCAACCAUCACGUUAAUGUACAUAUGGUUAUUUGAUGCCUAUUUGAUGAAAAGUACAAUACUGCUGAUCUCCAGGAAAUCUGAUAACCAUUUUGUAAUAUGUAAAACUUGAACAAAGAUAUUGACCUUCAGAAUUCUUCUGUCAAAUUUGAAAGAUCAUAUUCCCUUUAUAAAGUUGUUGUCACUAUUUGAAAACUAGCUUUGACUACCUUAAAACCUCAGUUUCAACAAAGUAGCAAGUACUUGGCACACUACUAUUAACUCCCAUUCAUAUCAUACUAGCCUUACUUUGUGCUUUAAUGCCACUUUUAUAUGUAUGGUCCAACUCUGGGAUAAUAGUGGAUAGACUUUCCAGUACUAUUUAAGCUUGUAUAGGAUGAUUAUGUGCCACAACAGACAUCAUUUCAAGAGUGUGUAUUUGGACAGGGAUUACUUCUGCUUAUGUUGUACAUCCAGCAGCUUUAAAUAUGUAUGGUUAGUACAUUUGUUAGUGAUUGAAGCAAGCUGAAGUUUCUUUUUAAAAAUAAAGCCAAAAUACUAGAUAGUUACAAGCUAUGAUUUAUAUCCAGUGGGCUAUAAGGGAUAUAAAUGUGAAAUUUUGGUGGGUUUUAAUGGAAUGAAUCACAACGUAGGUUUUAGUUUAGAAUAUUUUGAUGCAUUAUGGGUAAUAUCUGACCGUUUCUAUUUUCAAACAAAAGGUGGGGGUUGUUCUGUUCCAUGUAUGCCAGGAUAUAAUUGUACAUUUCCCUUUCUAUCACUAGAAUGCUCACAAUAAAACGUUGGCUAUUAAAGCAUUCCAAAAGAAUGUGUUUUUUUUUUCCCCUGAUUGACCUAGAAGUCAUAUCCCUUUCUUUCUUCACCUGCCCUCCCCACUUCCCCCUCUUUGUAACUUAAUUUUCUGAGAGUGGACAAUACUUCCAAAAUAUUCAAAUCUAAUUUUUCUCUUACAAUUUUCACUGGCAACUAGAUGCCUGAACUGGAUAUUGUACAUUUUUGAGUAUCUGGUGGGUUGGGGGCUGGGGGUGGGACAGCCCUGGCACAUUUGAUGGGCUGAAUGACCUGUUUUCAAGCUGUAACAUAUGACUCUGCUUAUGUAUACACAAUGGCAGUCCAGGUACACAGUAUAACUGGCUGGUCUCUAUUAUUGAGUUACAGAAUUUACUGAUGCUGUAUAACUGGGUGUUUAAGCACCUAAUAUGUAAUUUGUAUUUGCUCUCCGCUGUUUUUUCAUCCUACAAAAGAAAAUUAAAAGAAAGCAACAGAACCAUAAA